AUGGCCAAGACUCCUAAGCGUUGGUCUUUCUUUGGCCUCGAGUCUCCCUUCGUGCACGCCACGGGCCCAACAAAGCGCCGUCCAUCAAGUUCUAGCUCUUCAGAUUCUGUGUCGAGGGCCGUCUCUGGGGCCUCGUCUUCGGACCAUGAGGAGUCUGACUGCACGGAGACGGGCAGAGAUGCCGCGGUCGUCUCCAAGCCCACCAAGAAGAAGAGCAAGAAGAAGAGGGUCAAGGGUUGGGCCGGCUCGAUCUUGCCACUCAAACCCAAGGCGCAUAAAAAACGGACCAAGAUGAGUGAUGUACGGCCUCCUACCCCUCCUGCAUCGGUUGGUCCCUUCGAGGACGAGGAUGAGGAGGUUGAGAAUAUGCAAAUCCCCGACCCCGAGCUGCCCGCUCCCCAGGUGACAGUCACGGAAUCUCCCGAUGUCACCAAGCCUGCGUCUGUGGCCCAGCGGCCCAUGUCUCGGGAUGAUGCGUCGCAUCCUAUGAUUGAUCUCGACGCUGCCCUGGGACCAUUCAACACGCCUCUGCCACACAACCCAGAGUGGGAGGCUGCUCAACGCGCCGCGGGCAACACGGGCAAAAGGCGACUGCACAGCGCUCAGGGCAUGAAGGGCUUCAGUGGCCCAGGCAUGCACUACCACCGCCGGGCGGAGUCUGCCCCUGAUCUGCCGCCAUUCGAGUCGGCUCGCUCCGGCAUCAAUCGCUUUGGCAGCAAUUCGACCAUGGCCGAUGUUUUCGAAGAGGACGAAGAGGACGACGACUCGGCCAUCGCAGACAGGCAGCAAAGGGCCUUCGGAACAGUUGCCGCGGCAGACUCCACUGACUCGGACUCGGACGACGGCGACGCGACGCCACCUGCUACUGUGCCGUCUACUCAAUGCGGGAGCAUCGUCCCGGACACUCCUUCAUCCAGUGACGUGGCGCUCGGAACCAGGCAAGCUACUCCCGGCGGCAACGAUAUCGAGCAGGCUGCUGCCCACUCGGUCCGCACCGAGUGCUCCAAGAUCUCUCUGCAGGACGACGUGAUCGCGGAAGAGCCACCUUCUAUCAUUUAUCGAAGUCUCAACUCGAUGCAGGGCGGCGCAGACUCCAUUGCCUCGUCACCCAGGAGACUGUCCGGCACGAAGGAUCUCGCACCUGUGGAGGUCGGCACAUCGUACCAAGGUGGUGCGGCGAACAUGCCCAUCAGUCCGUACUCGGCGAGCCAUGCGUCGUCGUCUCACCCCUCGCCUCGGUCGCCGAUGUCCAUGGACGCUCAGCGCAUCUCGACCGCGCCGUCGUCGGUCACAGACGAGAACAGCUUCCAAUCGCUGCUCAUGGGAGAACCAGGUCCAGAGGUUCGGAUCUCAAUGGAUUACGAUAUCCCGUCCCUGACAUCCAGCAAUUCGACAAUGACAAGGGACAGCGUCUUUUCUCCAAAUCCACGACUGUCCCAGCCGAGUCUUCGCGAGCAGCGGCCCGUUUCCGUGUCAUCGGCGGCGUUUGGACGCAGGCGCUCUAGCCUCGUCAGCUUGAGCCGGCUCAUCAGCAGCUCCCACGGCGAGAGAAGCAAAUUGUCCAUGGAAGUCACGCUAGACAACGAGUCGGACAGCAAGCCAUCCCGAUCCAAGAGCAGCAAGACAAAGCAACGACUCGGGCGAAUGAUGCAAUUUUGGAAGCCCAACAAGGACGGCGCCCGUUCAUGA